GCUCGCUGCCCGCGUGCGCUCAGCUCAAACAAGUCAGUCGUCUUCCUCACAUGUUUUGAGGGAGAGCUGCGAGGGCCAACGGGCGGGAUUCCUGGAUGUGACAGGCCAAGGUGCGAGGUUUCCUGAUCAGAGCGGAAGCGGAGCGCGCCGCGAAAGCCGCCGUCUUUCCUCGUAUAGGCUGCGGCGGACGGCGGAAGCAGGCAGCACGCCAGCACCGGCGGCACGGGAAGAUAGUUUCAAUCGACCGUCUUCUCCGCCCACGCUCCCCUCUUCCUCUUCACGGGAAGCCUGACACGGAGGAGCCGGGCAGUUCGCCUCACGGGAUUCAUUCACCGGGCCUCCCUCGACAGGUGAUGCGCGUUGGGAGCUGCAGCAAUGGCGUCGCUCGUGCCCGGGGUCCUCCUCAAGCUCCUUCAGCACAUGAACAGCGAGGUGAAGGUCGCCGGCGAGCACCGCUCGUCGCUUCUCCAGGUGGUCAGCAUUGUCCCCGCGCUCGCCGGGAGCGACCUCUUCACCAACCAGGGCUUCUACCUCAAGGUGUCCGACUCGUCUCACGCCACCUACGUCUCCCUGCCGGAGGACCAGCAUGAUCUCAUAUUGAGCGACACGAUUCAGCUGGGUCAGUUCAUCCACGUGGACCGUCUCGAGGCUGCCACCCCGGUGCCGAUCUUGAGGGGGGUCAGGCCGGUUCCAGGCCGGCACGCCUGCGUCGGUAGUCCGGAGGACCUUGUGAUGACUAGCUCCUCCAGUUUCCUUGGCACCAAGAAGGUGCAGCCAUCGGUCAAUGGCUCCAAGGAUGCCGGCGCUCUGUCACUGGAGAAAGAGCAGAGCAAGCUGCAGAAGAUAAACGCUUCUGUGAAAAGCAGCGGGGCCGAAAGCAAGAAACCGCAGCUGACCAAGUCAAACUCUUCGCUCUCGAAACAAGCGCUGGCUAGCCUUUUCGAUAAGAAGGAAGCGGUUAGCUCAAAGGUGAGGCCGAACAUUGCUAGGUCGACACCUUCAUCGCCUACCAGUGUCCGUUCUCUGCCUGCAUCGUUUGAAAGUCUGCCAAAUGAUAUGAAGCUGAGAGCAAAAGCGAAAGGAGCAGACAAGUCAUCGCCAUCUAAGUUAUCCUUGUUAGAAAAGGCUGCUUCUGUGCUGAAGGUUACUACAGCAGGGAGGAAGUCCUCUGCAGGUAACUUGCUUAGCAAUACUCUCUUAAGUAUUGAGUCGGGACCAAAGGCGUUGAGAAGAAGCUGGGAAGGGAAGGCCGAUACGAAAAGCAAAGGCAAUUCAGAUUCAAAGGUGGCCAAACCUGACAGGAAGCCCGAGAAUAGGAGCACAUCGACUCCUAGACGAAAACCACCACCAGAUGAGAAGCUCUCACACAAGGAUGACACUAAGAUUCAGACUCCUCCCAGGAAAAGCACGUCAAGUGCUCUCUCAGAUGAUUCUGACAGAACAAUCAAUAAGUAUCUUUCUCCUAUAAGGCGGUCGUCAGGGGUUUUAGGCAACACCAAUAUGACAAAUUUAGUGAAGAUUGCUGCGAAUAACAAAAAGCUGACCGAUCCAAGCACUUCAUGGACAUCGCUUCCUCCACCACUUGCUAAAUUAGGAAAGGAGCUUACCAAGUAUAGGGAUGCGGCACAAAUGGCUGCAGUUGAAGCCAUACAAGAAGCUUCUGCUGCAGAGAGCUUGCUUCGAUGUUUAAGCUCGUACGCCGAGGUGAGCUCGACGGCAGAGGAGCAGAACCCGCAGCUAGCCGUGGAGCAGUUCCUUGCUCUGCACUCAGCCAUGUCGCGUGCCACAGUCGUUGCCGACUCGCUAGCCAAAGCAGCUGCCUCGACCUCUACAGCGACCUCACCGGAUCAAUCAACGGUGGGCGAAGCCGCGAGCAUUGACGAAGAGUCCCUUGCCAUUGCGGCGGAGCGCCGACGCCGUGCAGCCUCCUGGGUGGGCGCCGGUCUCGCCACUGACCUCUCCGCCUUCUCCCUCUACAACCUCAGACCGACACCCGCCAAUGCGGCCUCCCCUCUGGCCGUCGUCCUCGUCGACGAGUCGGCGAAGCCGGCGGCAGUGAAAGCCUCACCGCCAGCCAAGUCGCGGCUGUCGCCCGCGAAGGGGAAGGUGCGGGCGGGCGCUGUCACUGCAGUAACGGCAGCGACUGCGCCUCCGCCGGAUUGGGAGAGAGGAGGCGGCGCGGAGGAGAGGGGCGAGCUCGCGAGGCGGCUCGGGGAGGAGUCGAGGCGGUGGUUCCUAUCGUUCGUGGAGCGGUUCCUGGAUGCGGACGUGGCGGCGGCGGCGCCGUGGGACCGCGACCGUGCUGCCAGGAUGCUCCCGCAGCUGAAGCGUGUCAACGACUGGCUAAGCGAUAUCGGGAAGCCGCCCGUGGUGGAACCGCCGGCUCCGCCCGCCGACGCGGGCGGCGAGGAGCCCGUCGCCAACGCGGCCCCUGCCACUGCGUCCAACGGUGUACCGGAGGAGACGAUAGAGCGGCUAAGGAAGAAGAUAUACGAAUACCUCCUCACCAACGUCGACUCGGCCGCCGCCGUGCUCGGCGAGUCGUCGCCGGCGGCGAACGGGAGGAAGGGGUGA